GGCUACUUGAACGGCGAAAGCGGAGCCGGGCCCCCGAGCGAGACGCUGUCGCCAGAGGUUCCGUUUCAUCCCGGCGGCUACCGAUCCCGUCGUCAUGUUGGCGGGCUCCGCGGUCGAGGUCUCGGAUCGGGAGAACCAGGAGAAUGUGCCGCCGGGGACGAAGGAUGCUCCCCCGUUUACGGGCGCCUAUGGGCAGCGGCUGGCCCUGGGGCUGCUGCAAGCUAACCAGGGCGGCCCGGUCCAGCCCCAGGUUCCUCUCUCUCAAAUACCCUGGAGUACAAAUGAUGAGAACUACGUUGGUGUCCCUUUUGGAAAAGUGGGGAGUAAGCAGCCUGCCUUUACAAUCCAUGUGGAUGAACCUGAGGAGACAAGACAGAAGAAGCCAUUAUCCAGAAAGACAUUGUCUAGUGAAGAGGCUCUAGGCUUGAAAACAGCAGUUGUUUCAAUGGGAAUUAGGAAACCACUGACGCCUAUAGACAAUCCAAUGGAUCUUACUGCUGGGUCACCAAGUAUUAUGGAUAUGUCAAUAGUCCAAGAGGGGGAACAGAGAAUUAACGUUAACCAUGUACCAGAUUACAUUGAAGACAUCUAUAAAUAUCUUAGGGAAAUGGAGGUGAAAUGUAAGCCCAAAGUGGGAUAUAUGAAGAAACAGCCAGACAUUACAAAUAACAUGCGGGCUAUUCUUGUGGACUGGCUAGUAGAAGUUGGUGAAGAAUACAAGCUACAAAACGAAACGUUGCAUUUGGCUGUAAACUACAUUGACAGAUUUCUGUCCUCCAUGUCUGUCUUGAGAGGGAAGCUUCAGCUUGUGGGAACUGCUGCCAUGCUGUUGGCAUCAAAGUUUGAAGAAAUCUACCCUCCUGAAGUUGCAGAAUUUGUUUAUAUCACUGAUGACACUUACACAAAGAAACAAGUCCUCAGGAUGGAGCACUUAGUUCUGAAAGUCCUGUCAUUUGACCUGGCAGCACCUACAAUAAACCAGUUCCUUACUCAGUACUUUUUACAUCAGCCAGCUAGUUCCCAAGUAGAAAACCUGGCAAUGUACUUGGGAGAAUUGAGUUUAAUUGAUGCUGACCCAUAUCUGAAAUACUUGCCAUCAGUAAUUGCAGCAGCAGCAUUUCAUAUAGCAAACUAUACCAUUUCUGGGAAAACAUGGACGGACUCUCUCACUGAAGUGACAGGAUACACACUUGAAAAUCUUAAGCCUUGCCUCGUGGACCUCCAUAGAACCUACUGCAGAGCAGCACAGCAUACUCAGCAGUCAAUACGAGAGAAAUACAAGGCUGUAAAGUACAAUGCGGUAUCACUCAUUGACCCGCCAGAGACACUAAGCCUGUCAUAACAAUCAAACUAAGACUUGACAUCUCCAAGGUGUAUAUUGCCCAGAGCCGCAAAUGUACAGUUUUAAAUUUGUAUUUAGGCUUCAAUCACUCUGGUAUAUUACCAUAGAAAAUUAAGGAUUUUUUUUACUUUUAUAAUGUUUUAAUGUAAACUUUUGUACAUGCAAUCUUGUUCUAAAUGCUUAGAUGGAGCUUCUUUAAAGUUCUGUUGAAACAGACGUAAACCAUGCAGGCAAACCACUCAAGUGUCACUGUUCAAUCUUUUUUUAAAAACAACCAACCAAUGAAGAGCAGAGUAUGUGAGGAUUUAGAUUCUAAAUGGCAAAUCAAGAUAGUCCAUUAGAAUAAAUCUGCAUAUAUGAGAACAAAGGUACAGCCUCUCUGCAGACUCCAUGUAUAGUAAUUUGCAACAGUAUAUUUGGAAAAAUCAGCUAAUGCCUAUUAAGUACAGGAAAUGAAUUUAAUGGGGUCCUUCCUAUUGUCAACGGAGAAUCCUACGUGGCUGAUAUUCACUUGAGCCAGUUGUGAACAGCGGUAAUGCCUCUGAGUCAGACCUCUUCUGGACUACAGUCACAGUCCCUGGAUUCUCUCAGAAUGCUGGGCAUUGUCAUCCAAAAAAGUAACUGUUCCAAGAUCUGUCCUUAAGAUAUGCUACAAAUAUUGCUUUUAAAAGAUGAUGUUAAUAGCUUUUGAUGAAACUGAUAGCAACGGAGUCUGGGACACAAGGGGAAUUGAUUAUUCAUUAGUAAAUAGUGUACAUGUGAGUCAGUUAAGAGAUGAGCACCUCUAUCAUUACAGGAACUUUACCUUGAUUCAAGUAGAGAACCUCUGUGGGUAAGAGGUUCUGCCCUUCAGAUUCCUCCUUUUCCGCUUGUGGGAGAGUGACGAAUGAGAAAUGGGGCAGGAGUAGGCUCUCCCCUUGACUUACGUCUAUACAAUUUGCUAAUAUAUAGAAUACGGCUGAAAUCCUCUUGUAACUGGUUGGCUGCAGGUUGCUGUUACUUUGGGGAAGCUGUUCCUGCCUUGUUCUCAUUGAGGUCAUGAAGUGGGGCUGAGCUUGUUACUGACCUACAGACAUAUGCAUGGAUAGAGGUACUGCAUAGCUCUUAAGUUGCACAUCAGGGUAAUUUUAGUAAUGUUUUGGAACCCUGUGUCUCAGAUACAGCUGGACAAGUUCCCUAGGAUGGGCAGCUCUUCAAAGUUAUUUUUGGUAUAGUUGUGUAUGCUGAGGCAGGGUUGAAAAGAAUAGUGGGUAUCUUGUACAAAACUAAAUCCUAGUUUAAGGUUUUCUAUAUUGUAUGGGCUGCUUUUAUAUUCAUAGAGUGGAAUUCUUGUAAACAAGACUAAUGCUGCUUGAUACAAUGUGCUCACAGUAAACCAAUGCAUGGAAAGACCGAACUAUAAACCAUCUUGAAGCUGGUCAAUAAAAUCUGUAAGGAAAGGA